AUGGAGAUGUGCAAGGAAGACAUUAUGAAUUUGAAAGGUAUUUGCCUACAUCACAUGAUGUACAAGUACUACUAGUACCUAAACAUGUCUUACAAGAAGUAUCACAAACUGAGCAACUAGUUCCAAUAAUAAAAUAGUGAUCUACACAAGUUUAGCAUACAGUAUUAGAUGUGCAAGUAGCACAGUAAGUAGGGCAGGCUUAACAACUUGAGCCAGACUUAUAAAACUUUGGAAGGCAAAUUGAGCAAUUACUAGAAGAACUACAAAAAUCACAUCCAUCAGAACAAGCACCACAUUUAUACACUGGAAAAGAAUAAUAACCUAGAAAAGAAAUACAUAAAGCAUUACGAUAAAAUUGUGGCUUACAAGAGUUACAUGUUACGACAUCUGGGCAACUAACGCAAUUAGAGGGACAAUCCAAACAGGAACCUGCGAUUUCAACUUAUCCUUGAUCACAACACUAAGUUACUAAAAUAUUAUUAGGUAUCUUUACAUAGACAAUUCAUUAAAAUAAGAAAGACUGUAACCAUGUGGUCGGACAUUAUAAACAAAAAUAUUAUAUAGAAAAAGUUGAUGAUGUAAUUAGGAUUUUAUAAACAUAUUUUGAGAAAUUCAUUACAAAGUAUUAAUCAUUAAAAUUAACUUUAAGAGAUUUAAAUUAAUUGUAACUUGUAGAUUUCUACAUAGAAUUUUUUUUAAUUUCUUACAGUUGUAAUUAUAAUACGAAAGACUUGUUUAACUGACAAUAAUAAUUAUCUCUAUUUAUAAUAUAGUAAAAUACUAAGGAUCAAAUAAUUUUUUUAAAUGUGA